CAGGAGGUAUGUCUGAGUGUCUCCGUGUAUACCUUAGCGGCUAUAGCAGUGGACAGGUACCUGGCUAUUUGCAGACCACUCAAGUUCCACAUCAGGGCGUCGCGUACCCUGUUCAUCGUGGCUGCUAUUUGGGUGACGUCAUUUACCAUCAUGGCACCCCAGCCCGUGUUCACGAGGUCGGAGCCGUCCUCGCACGCAGGCUACAUUGGCAAACCUAUAUGGCUGAUGAAAUGCUACGAGAAAGCUUGGAAGGGCACCAUCUGGCAGAAAGUCUACCACAUCAGCAAAGUGGUUGUGUCCUAUGUAAUCCCGCUGUUGAUCAUGGCCGUAGCGUAUGCACGAGUCUGCCUGAGACUGUGGUCUGGUAUCCCGACUGAUGAAUCGCACAGACCUGCGUUGGGAGGGCGAUCAGCGGGACAGACUAAACCCACUAUGAAUAAGUCAACAGAGACACAGCUGGAAUCCAGACGUAAAGUAGCCCGGAUGUUGAUAGUGGUGGUUGUCAUGUUUGCUAUUUGUAAACUUCCUACGCAUGUUCUAAACACAAUCAGAUACAUGGAUGGUUUCAAUAAUAUGAAGGCAUCUGAGAACACCGAAUCCAGUGGGAGGGUUGCUCUCCAUGUCUCAUUCCUGAUUGCUCAUUUCAUGGCUUACCUAAACAACGUCAUCAAUCCAGUUAUCUACAACUUCUUGAGUGCUCGAUUCAGAAAGGAGUUCCGUCAUGUUUUUUCCUGUUGUCCGUGUGUGACGGCUCCAGACCGGGAGGGAAAGCGACCGGACAGCACAUCGUAUCACCGGUGCCGUGACUUCGCUGCUCGGAGCAGCAACAAUGGCGUCACCUCUCAGUCCGACUUCAGAUCUCACGAUCACAACACAGAGUAUUUACAACUCUCUAAACUUGGGAAGAGUAGUGGGACUAAUAACAACUCUAAUAUUGUGAUUAACACUAAACCAUUAGCACCUAACCCUGAGUCAUAGAGCUAUAGCUCUAUGUCCUGAGUAGAUUUGGCAUUGUCUGGUACCCUGUAAUACACGCCGGUAGUCGUGUACAAGAUCUGCAUUGGGUACUGACUAUCAUCACAGUUGGAUUUCAAAUCGCUUGAUCACAAUACUGAGAAUUUACUACUCUCAACUUUGGGGAGACUGUGGUGGGACUGAGUAUAGGUUGUCAGUGUCUGGUACCAUUUACAAGCUGGUAACCGUAUUACAAGCUGUGGAUAGGGGACUGACUAUUAAUUAACUUUACGUCUUGCCUCGGUUGUGGUCGUUGAAGAAAACCACCAUCCCGCGGGGCAAUAGACCUUAUAUGCAGUGAUGACGUCAUAAGCUGCCAUCUUAAGGGGUAUACCAAUGAUGAAACAUUGGAAAUGCACAUAAAAUGCGCAUACGCGCGGUGCACAUGGUUGCCCAAUGAACAACCUACAUUUUGACCUCACGGCGAGGGCGCCCUACUCUAAUGACGUCAUCCACAUAAUGUUAUUUCCAUUGUUUUUGUCUUACAUUAACAACGGCAGACACUGAGCCCAAACCCCGCCCCCUUUGUGACUAACAUGAGCUGGUAAACUAACUAGAUUUUAACAUUGCACCUUUUUGAGUUUCUCCACUGGUAUUAAUUUGGUCACUAAUGUUGUGUAAAUAGUUCAUUAACAUUCCAGUUGUAAAUAAGUCAGCGUCAUUGCAUUCGACCGGGCCCGGUUAAAAUGGCCGGGCCUGGUUGAAGGGAGCCCUCAAUAGCCUCCAUAAAAGCCACGGGUGAACGUCUGAAAAAUUGUAUUAAUUGAAUGUAAUUAUUGUCUGUAUAAAAACACAUUAAACUAUAUUCUCAAGAGAAGUUGAUUUUUAUAUCAAUGGACAAAAUAUUAAA